AACAUCCCAUUGCUGGAAACAGCUUUCAGAAGUCCGAUCAUCUGUGUUAUCUGUGGAACGGGCCAUGGAGUUUGAGGACUCCCAGUUCCAAGCUGCGCCCGUAGGGAGCGCCAAUGGCUUUGACAGCUUUGCAGCUCCAGUCGCGGACUACGCAGCGCCAUAUGGGUCUACGUCGGCGGUGAACGGCCUGGAGGAUUUUUUUAGCGGCUCAGACCGGGUUCCCGCCGCUGAGGGGCUGGCAGCGGACUUCAUCUCCGCGGUCCCUGCAAGCGCUCCCCCACCCUUUCCCAUCGACGAUGCCGCGGCAACUGCCACCAGCGCCGGCGGCAUAGCGGACGAGGAUCCGUUCUUCGAGCACUACACGCCCCCGGCCCCAACAGCACCGUCACCGGCGCCUGAGGUUGUUGACCCGCGCGUGGAGUGGCGCAAACAGAACAACGAGCUGUUGAAGAAGAAGGACGCGGAGGAGACAGCUUGCAAGGAGAAACUCAAGGGCACGGCGGCACAAUACCUGUCCAAGUACUACGAGGUGCGCACCACUACGCUGACCCAGCGCAAGGCCAACAACCGCAAGUCGGAGGCGCAUCAGAAGGAGGUGGAGGUGCCCCUCAGCGGCACGCCCUGGGAAAAGAUCAACGCCCUGGUCAACCUCAACUCGGGCAACCAUCAAAAGGACGUCGCGCGCUACAAGGCGCUGCUUAUCACCUGCAAGGCGAAGAACGUGGCUAUUCGCGCAUGAAGGCGAUUGCACGCAGGAGUGUGUUAAGACAGGAGGCCGCCAUACACACUGCUUGUGAUGAGAGCUCUUCGUGUUUCUUACCUGGUUGCACCUGAUCCGUGAUAUGGCACUAGCUGCAGUCGUAGAUCCCAUGGUGUGGGCUGACGAGAGAAUAAGCUGGACGGCGUGUUGCACGGAGGGGUGUAGGAGAGAGGAUUGACUCAAUUGCUCUUCUGCGAAGAAGAACGUUAUAUACGCAGGAAACACAAGCGAACGCCUCAGAUGUCAUCCAAUCAUUUGAAUAUACGGGCGCAACCGUCCAAGAAUGCGUGUAAUAUUGUACAGUAUAAG